ACUGAGGGGAGGCGGCGGGGGGGGGGGCGGAGCGCGUCCGGCGGAGCUCUUUCAAGGUGCUGUUGUGAUACAUCUUGUUCAAACACACUUGAGGUACUGUCCCCACCCAUCAGAACUGACCGACUAAAUGCCCCAAGGCUGAUGAAGCAUAGGUGGAAAUAGGAAGGUGAGGACACUUCCCCAAGAUACUUAGCUGCACUAGUGGCAGCACCAGGAAGGGACUCUUGACUCCUGUUACCUAGCUUUCUAGAGCAUCCUGCCUGGUUAAGAUGAUGGCAUCCUUAACAUGAUAGGGCUAGACAUACACUUGCAGUUCUCCAUCAGAAGAAUGAAGAUCUUUAUGUUCAUUGUUGAUAUCUCCAGUCAGCUGGGAGUUAAAGUCCUAGGGGGAGUUAAUAGUGAGUGCUUUACAUCCCCCAGUGGUAACACAUACUAUUCCUGAUGACAGACACAGAAACAGCAUCCCUUUCUGCAGUGCUGAAAAUAGUAUUUCAUGUAAAAAGCAGGUUGCUAACUUGGCAAACUUGGAAUGUUUCUCACAUUGGCUGCUUUAUUGUUGUUUUUGUGUCUUUUUGCCCCCCCAGUUACAGGAAUGUGCAUGAAUUGAUUGAUUUCCACCAUGUUCUCGCAGUGUUCCCAGGAUCUCUUAAAGAUUGCAAAUCUUCAUCUCCGCGGUCUGAAUUUUAAUCUGCAUUUAAGAAACCACAGGAGAGCUUUCAGCAAGUCACUGCCUGCUUGUCGAAGGAAAGUAGUUGUUACGGGUAUUGGCUUAGUGUCUCCUCUCGGUGUGGGGACUCAGCUUGUGUGGAAGCGCCUUCUCCAAGGAGACAGUGGGAUCACAUCACUAGAUGGGGAAGAAUAUGCAGGCAUUCCGUGUAGAGUGGCUGCCUGUGUGCCACGGGGAGACGAGGAGGGUCAGUUCAAAGAAGAGAGCUUUGUAUCGAAGUCAGAGGUCAAAUCCAUGAGUUCUGCUACUGUCAUGGCCAUUGGUGCAGCAGAGCUAGCAAUAAAGGACGCUGGCUGGUCUCCGCAGUCUGAACAGGACCGCUUAACAGCUGGUGUGGCAAUUGGAAUGGGAAUGGUUCCACUGGAGGAGAUUUCUGAUACAGCUUCUUUAUUUAAAACAAAGGGUUAUAACAAGGUCAGCCCGUUCUUUGUCCCAAAGAUUUUAGUCAAUAUGGCAGCAGGUCAGAUCAGCAUUAAAUACCAGCUGAAAGGGCCGAAUCACGCUGUGUCAACUGCUUGUACCACUGGUGCGCAUGCUGUUGGAGACUCCUCUCGAUUUAUUGCCUCUGGUGAUGCUGAUGUCAUGUUGGCUGGAGGGACUGAGGCUUGCAUUAGUCCUUUGUCCUUGGCUGGAUUUGCAAGAGCUCGGGCCCUCAGCACUAGUUUUAACUCAAGCCCUAAAAUGGCAUGUCGGCCAUUUGAUUCACAGAGAGAAGGGUUUGUAAUGGGAGAGGGUGCUGCUGUGCUGGUCUUGGAAGAGUAUGAACACGCUGUGCAAAGAGGUGCUAGGAUCUAUGCAGAAGUUCUGGGUUAUGGACUGUCGGGCGAUGCUUGCCACAUAACAGCACCUAAUCCAGAGGGAGAUGGUGCGUUCAGGUGUAUGUCUGCAGCAAUAAAAGAUUCUGGAAUCAAGCCUGAAGAUGUAACGUACGUCAAUGCACAUGCAACUUCUACACCUCUGGGAGAUGCUGCUGAGAAUCAAGCGAUCAAGAGACUUUUUAAAGAUCACUCACGUAACAUUGCAGUUUCUUCAACAAAGGGAGCAACAGGACAUCUUUUGGGGGCUGCAGGAGCUAUUGAAGCAGCUUUUACUGCACUGUCCUGUUACCAUGGAAUUUUGCCACCUACUUUAAACUUAAAACAAACAGAGCCGGGAUUUGAUCUCAAUUAUGUUCCAUUAACAGCUCAGGAGUGGAAAACUGCAAAGCGGCGUAUUGCACUCACAAAUUCAUUUGGCUUUGGUGGUACCAAUGCAACUUUGUGCUUUGCAAGUGUUUAACUUGCGCUGUGCAUGUUAUGAAAAAUGGCACUCAGUCAUUUUCUGUACUGCCAUCCUUGGUGUAUUCGGUAAUCUUUUCUCAGCUUGGAGACUUGAUACAUAAGAACUUUAUUCACCCCAACACUUACAUCAGUAAUUUUUUUAGGAAGAUGGAAUUUCUUUUACUCAUUUUAAUAAAAAUAAAUACAAGAACUAUUCUAUAUGUGGUAAAGAAGUUUUUAUUCAUCACUAGAAGGGGAGACUUGUAGCAACUAAUCUGAAUAGCAGUAUUUUGUGAGAAGAGGGUCAAGGUGAUGACAAAUUUCAAUGACAUGAUGCAUUUAUGACUACUGUAUCUCUUGUCUCUGUCAUUUUUUGGGCCAAAUGAUUAACUUCUUUUGAACUCUGACUUGCUUAUAAAAUUAAAUGCAGAUAUGAAAUUUCAAA